AUGGCCCCUUCCUUAAGUCUGCGUCCUCGCACCAGCGAGCGUCCUUCCACCAGCCAGGGAGACAACAGCCUCAUCAUUCCGAGCCGAACCUCUUCCCUCCAUUCCAGAAUCACCCAGCCGCUCCCCUCGACUUUGAACGUCAAACCAGGACAGCGAAGCCCCAAGACUUUGACUCACGCUUAUAUGGUAUGUGGUGUUGGAAGAGAGCCAUCGCAAUGGGUCAAGGCACCUGCUCCCAGUCAGGGCAAGAUUGGCCACAUGAAGGGUGCCGUUGGCACAUUCUGGCUUCCAGAAAUCCUCGGUAGCAGCCCUAGGCUUGAGCAGGACAACGACAUUGCAAGGUCUCUGCACGCUGCUAUGCGCGCAUGCUUCCCUCACGAUGUUGAGAUCUGUACCGGCAGGAGCCAACCCCAUUGUGUUCAUCAUUCGUUUGUUUUGCAGCAGGACUCUUCUCACACUCUGUACGGUAUUGCCCUGCGCGUGUGGUCUCGAGCGGACGAAAAGAGAGCCGAGACCAUCCGCGACCUGCGCAAGCGUAUUGAGCCCGACUUCUUCGACAAUUCCGAUGAGACCUACUGGAUUCCUUACUGCUUGAGCUUUUUGUCCCGUUACCCUCUGUACAACCUUCUCGGUGACUACUUGAGGGGCAUGUGGAUUCACUGGAAUAAGGCCACUAAUCUCUUCCACGCCGAGGAGGUGUCUCGCAUCCUGAGCUUCCCCGCUCCACGACUUAACGACCUUGUGCGCAUCGACAUGAAGGAUUAUGCCCUGUGCUACCAAUUCCCAUCUUCGCCUACCGGUUUCCAGAAUUUUGCUAUGUGGCCCCUUUUCACCUGUUUGUCGAUUCCCAACAUUGUUGGUGUGAUCGAAGCCGCAGUCUCGCCCACUCGACGAAUCAUCUUCGUGAGCCAUUACCCAGCAAUGCUCACAGUUGCUGCUGAGACGGUCCGAUUCUGUGUGCGAGUGUACGAGUGGAGUGGAUUGUAUGUUCCUGUCGUGCACGCACGUCACGCAAAGGACCUAGUGGAGGAACCCGGUCCGUACAUACUCGGUGUCACCUCUGAGUGCCGCUCCCUCUUCACAGCCCCAACAGAUGCUCUCGUUGUCGAUCUCGACCGCAAUUUCGUUUUGACAUCCAAUCCCCCAACGUCCUUCUCAGCUGGACAGAGGACUAAGAUGAUCACCCGACUCACCCAAGCCCUCAAUGGUGAGGUCGCACCAACAGGUGUUCCACAGCAUCUGAGAUCUGCCUAUGGAGGCGGAAAGCUCAUCCCAGCUGGACAAAUCAUUGUGAUGCGUGGCGAAGUGGAGAGCAUCCAGGAUCCAGAUUGGUGGAGCCAGGACUCUGUGAUGACCGUCAUGGAUCACGUGUGUGAGAAGCUGGGCCGCAACACUGGAAUGAAGGCCAUCUUUGGUGGUUCUGUGAAGAAACCAUUGAUGACCAAGGUGUCUAUGCGUCACUUGAACGAGAUUGUGAGAGAGCGCAACCAAUACUCGCGUGAUGCUCAAGAGGCUUGGCAAGACUUUAUCAACCUCAAGGGCCGCAUGGACACGGAGCUUUCCAAGGUCACCAAGAGGAACAACUUCCUUGUCGAGGAGCUUGAGAGCUGGAAGCAGCAAUUCCUCAAGUUCCAGGCCUUUGCCGAACAACUUACCAAGGAAACCCAGGACCUCAAAGUCAAGAUCGAGGGACACAAGCGUGAGAACCGCCGUCUUACCAGUCUCAUUGACCAACAGAAGGAUGACGCCGCUCGUCUCACUGUCCGCCUUUCUGGCACCGAGAAGCAGCGUGACGAUGCUCUUGAGGCACUUGUUCUUCAGCAAGAGAUUGCCGAAGAGCUCGAGCGCGAGAGGAAGCGGAACAAGAAAGAGCUCUCCAGCCUCGAGCAUACUAACUCUGGCCUCCUCAGGCAGCGCGAUGAGGCCCAACGUGUGGUCCUUCAUCUCCGUGCAUUAAUCGACGGCCAGACUCACCACAUGGAGCACAUCGUCAAGUCCCUCAAUGGUUCCAGUGACCUCGCUGCCUACAUGGAGGAGGGCUUCGAGGACCUUCCCGAGGAGGAUGAGGACGUCGAUGUCCAGGGAUCCGUCAAGGACAAGUCCGAGGUCAGCACCAUUCGCGCAAACACCAUCCGUGGUACCAUACAGGAGGAUCGCAAUGAUUCAAGGGCAAGCACAGUCGAUGAUAGACAUUUAGAUGGUGAGGACGUUAGCCCCGACAUGGAACACCGCUUGCUAAGCGGUUCAGCUUCACGAAACUCUAAGCGUUUCUCGAACUCAUCAAUGGUUGAUGUUGCCGAUCGUUACCUCCGUGACAAGACCGAUGCCAUCGCCUACAUCAUCCGCAAUAUUUCGGAGCAGUGCGCCGCUGCCGUCGAGGGCCUCCACCUUGCUCAGCAAGCCGACACUGAUGAGGACAGCCACAGCGAGCGACGUGCAAGUGUUGGCGUUCAGUCCUCCGCCGACGGUAGGGUUCCAUCUACCCAGGGCAGCGAGUAUGGUGACGAUGACAUGAGCCUUCGACCUGGCCGUCACUCGAGCAUUCCCCCCACCCCGGACCUUAGCCACCGAUCCAGCACAUCAAUGUCAAUCGCCAGUGCAUCGACAACACCGGACAGGCACAGCCUCCAGCACAGACUCCACGAUGAGGUCCCAGACGUUCCCACUCGCAUUGUCGAACAUGACGAUGAGUCUCUAUUGGAGGACGCCCACUCUGACAUGACCCCUGUGUCGAAAUACGCUCAGCAGCCGCUCUCAAGGCCCACGCACAACAUGCGUUCCGUGCAGUAA